CGUGGCGCUUGUGUGUCUGUGUUCAGUAAAUCACUGCGUUACAAUAAACUAAGGAGACGCGAUGUUGCGGCUAGUUGUCGUAUUAGUGGCCGCUGCAGGCUCCUUCAUGCUCGGCCUGUCCCCGCUGGAAGCCUCCCCGACGGUCGUACCGUGCCUCGCCCCGCUUCAAUGGGAGGGGAGGUGGGUGUUGUACGACCACGGAACCGGGAGGAACAACCGGGCCGCGGUGUCCUACGACGGCCAGAACCAGAGACUGCGAAUCCUGCAGCAGCACAAGAAACACACGCCGUGUCAAAGGUACUUUGAGUACAUCUUCUUGUACGACAGCAUGGUGAUGUUCCAGAUCGACCAGAAGACCAAAGAAUGUUCCAAGGUGGCUAUGACUGAGGCCUGGGACCCCUUCGACAUUCCAGACAACUCCACCUUUGAAGACCAGUACAUCAUCGGCGGUCCUGGGGACAACGUGGAGGUUCAGGAGUGGUCUGACAGGAAGCCGGCGCGCAAACAUGAGACAUGGGUGGGCGUGUACACGCUGAGGGACUGCUACCCGGUGCAGGAGACCUACAUCAAGAACAGCAGCGUCACCACUUCCACUCGCUUCUUCAACAUCCAACUGGGCAUCAGCGACCCAGACGUCUUCAGCCCUCCCAGCACCUGCCAGUCAGCACGACCCCUUGCUAUGACUGAGUCCCGCUGCUGAGGCCUGACCUUUAACCUUUAACUUUACACCGUCCAUAUUGAUUGGCUACUUAUCGAUUUUUGAUCUGGUAUCAAGAUGGUAGGAUUACCUCUACUGCGCAAGUUUUUAUUUUAUUAUAAAGUCAAAACCAAUGUUUUAAAAGACACAAUCAUUUGUGGAUUUUGAGGAUUUAAUAACUUGAUGACACUUUAAAGUCCGAGCAAUUAUAAACACUCAGUAAAGUUAACCAUUUGUAUGCUUGGAUUUUAUUCUCUCAAAUGACAAUAAACGUAUAAAGAAAUGUAUCACACCACAGCUGAUGUCUUAAUUUGCAUGUCAUUAAAAUGAUGAAAUUGUCGGAGAUGACAAAUAAAUCUAAAUAAAAGCUGAUAAUCCUGCA